CAUUGGCAUAUUUUGGAUCCACAUUAUCAACAUACCAACUUAGAAACACAGACCUGUUUUCUCCAUCAAACGGUUAGAGACGGGGGGAAAAAAUGAAGGGGAAAAAACACUGACACCAGGAAAUCAGGACUCGAACCGUAGAGGAGAAAAGAAGACACAUGAGUCAUGUUUAAAAGAAAAUGGACAACCGUUUGAGCCGUUUGAGCAAACCCUUCAUAUCUGCUGAGGAAUGGAACGUUUAUAUUGAUAAAAUAUUGUAUUCCAUUCAGCCCAGUGCCUGAGAAGAGCAGCAGCAGCAGCAGCAGCAGCAGCAUACGGUGUCACCGGGAGACGGGAGGGACGGAGGCAGAGACAGAGGCAGAGGAGGUGUGGCCGCAGCCUCUCCAGGAACCACCAUUUAAAUGCAGAGUGUGAGCGUGACAGAGAGUGCAGUCUUUCUGGAUUCAACGACACACACACACACAGAGCAACAGCAGCAACAACAGCAACAGCAGCAGCAUCACCACCACUAUCACUCCGAACCGGGAAACUUAGGACGCUUUCUCCCCGCAAACACUCCAACAUCACCGGCCACGAAGCUUGAGCAAUGUGUGGGAUCUUUGCCUACCUGAAUUACCAAGUGCCCCGCACCAGGAAGGAGAUAUUUGAGACGCUGGUCAAGGGACUGCAGAGAUUGGAGUACAGAGGGUACGAUUCAGCAGGUAUUGCAGUCGAUGGCCCCAACAAGUCCAGCUCCGACAUCUACAGCAACUCCAUCUGCUUGAUCAAAAAGAUGGGAAAAGUCAAGGCCCUGGAUGAGGAGCUCUACAAAAAAGACUCCCUGGACCUGGACGAGGAGCUUUACACACAUUUCGGCAUUGCUCACACUCGCUGGGCCACACACGGAGAGCCGAGUGCUGUCAACAGCCACCCUCAUCGCUCCGACAAGGAAAAUGAGUUCGUUGUCAUCCACAAUGGUAUCAUCACCAACUACAAAGAGCUGAAGGCUUACCUGAUUACCAAAGGGUAUGAGUUUGAAUCCGAGACAGACACGGAGGUGAUUCCCAAACUCAUCAAAUAUGUUUAUGACAACCGUGAAAAUGACAACAUCACCUUCUCCAAGUUGGUGGAGAGAGUCAUCAAGCAACUGGAGGGGGCCUUCGCGCUGGUGUUCAAAAGUCGUCAUUUCCACGGAGAAGCUGUGGCCACCAGGAGAGGAAGUCCACUUCUCAUCGGAGUGCGGAGUGAGCAGGAGCUGCCGACUGAACACAUCCCCGUCCAGUACAACUGUGGUCACACCCACGAUAAAGUCCAUGACAAAUACACCCGCUCGAACAGCAUCAACUCCGUGGGGGAAGGAAAUGCAGUAGAAUAUUACUUUGCCUCUGACGCCAGUGCUAUUAUUGAGCACACCAACAAGGUGUUGUACAUGGAGGAUGAUGACAUUGCGGUGGUCAGAGGAGGGAAGCUGUCCAUCCACAGGAUGAACCGGCAGGCCGGUGAAGACCCCGUGAGGGCCAUACAGACCCUGCAGAUGGAGCUGCAGCAGAUCAUGAAAGGAAACUUUAAAGCCUUCAUGCAGAAGGAGAUUUUUGAGCAGCCGGAGUCGGUCGUCAACACCAUGAGAGGCCGAAUCUGUUUUGAUACUAAUACAGUUAUGCUCGGUGGGCUGAAGGACCACCUCAAAGAAGUCAAACGUUGCAGGCGGCUCAUCCUGAUUGGCUGUGGCACCAGCUUCCAUGCUGCCGUUGCUACCAGGCAAAUCCUGGAGGAGUUGACAGAGUUGCCAGUCAUGGUGGAGUUAGCGAGCGACUUCCUGGACCGCAACACCCCUGUAUAUAGGGAUGACGUUUGCUUCUUCAUUAGCCAAUCAGGAGAGACAGCAGACACCCUGAUGGCACUCCGCUACUGCAGGGACCGUGGUGCCCUGACAGUGGGCAUAACCAACACUGUGGGCAGUUCAAUUUGCAGAGAAACAGACUGUGGAGUCCACAUCAAUGCUGGACCUGAGAUAGGAGUGGCAAGCACCAAGGCCUACACCAGUCAGUUCGUGGCUCUCAUCAUGUUCAGUCUGAUGAUGAGUGAGGACAGACUUUCACUGCAGAAGAGAAGACUGGAGAUCAUCGAAGGCCUCAGAGUACUUCCUGAGCAGAUAAAGAAAGUGUUAUCUCUGGAUGAGAAGAUCAAGGACAUUGCUAACGAGCUGUAUCAGCAACGGUCACUUCUCGUCAUGGGCCGAGGUUUUAACUAUGCCACCUGUCUAGAGGGGGCGCUGAAAAUAAAGGAGAUCACGUACAUGCACUCAGAGGGCAUCCUGGCUGGGGAGCUGAAACACGGUCCACUGGCACUGGUGGACAAAGACAUGCCGGUCAUCAUGAUCAUCAUGAAGGACGCCUGCCACGUGAAGUGCCAGAAUGCUUUGCAGCAGAUCACUGCCAGAUCAGGUCGGCCCAUCAUCCUGUGUUGCCAAGACGACCAAGACGUGGCUAAGAACGCCUAUCAGGCCAUAGAGCUGCCACAUACUGUGGACUGUCUGCAGGGCAUCCUCAGUGUCAUCCCCCUGCAGCUUUUGUCCUUCCAUUUGGCUGUGCUGCGAGGAUACGACGUGGACUGUCCCAGGAACUUGGCCAAAUCAGUGACUGUGGAAUGAACUGUGAGUUCACGCAACCUCAGAGAGGAGAGAGGAAACUGAUAUAUUUAU